AUGGAAGUUGACGAAGCUACUGAUCCGCACGAGGCACCAACUUCUUUCCAAGAUGUAGCCUCAUCACGUUCACCGCUCAACGCUUUCCCGGACAAUGCAUACUCCACCGGCAAUAUUUUAGCUUCCCGCGCCCGCAAAUUCGCACUACCUUACGUGGCCGAUAUUAUAACUUCGCCACCAGCGGAUGGCAAAUACGCAGCACUAAAGAAAAGGCUUAUUAGCACAUUUGAAGAAACGGUGGAGGCCAAAUUACGUCAUCUGCUUCGCAACACUACCUAUAUUGAAGGAAACCCCUCGCAAUUCCUUCAGCAGCUUAAAAACUUGGCUUCGGGUAAGGUACCCGAUGAAAUUUUACGAACGAUAUUUAUGGAGCAGUUGCCCCAGAACGUGCGAUGCAUUUUGGCAAUUAGCGAUAGCAGCGAUUUAGACUACUUUGCAGUGCAAGCAGACAAAGUAUUCGCAAUGCCAAACAACAUUAUGACGAUUGAUAAAAGCGCAAAUGCAACGCAAAGCAGCAACAAACAAACAGCAAUCGCUACGUCUGAUUUCAACGAUUUCAAAGCUGAAAUUCAGUCACUUUCUUCAGCCGUGGAACAAGUUAAAGGUGAAGUUAAGCGAUAUCGUUCUGCAAAAUCUGAGAGUGGUUUGUGCUACUAUCAUACGCGUUUCGGUCGACAAGCUAAAAAGUGUCGGCAGCCGUGCGAAUAUAACAAAAACAAUUUAAAUUAG